AUGACGCUCUACUACAGUCUGGUCUUCCUCCUCCUGGUGACAGAGAUGCUCAUCUUCUGUGCCCUCAUCGUCCCCCUGCCGUUCACAUGGCGCCGCAGGCUCUUCACCUUCAUUUCGGAGAGCCCGAUAAUAGCGAAAUUACAAUAUGGCAUGAAGAUUACGUUCAUCUUCAUUCUCAUACUGUUCAUUGAUAGUGUGAACCGCGUUUACCGCGUGCAAAUUGAGCUUUCCGGCUCAGACGACCAGGGCCGCUCAGGUGUCGCUGCUGGAGGCAUCGAACGCAUGGAGGUCCAGGCUCGCAAGUUCUACUCGCAGCGCAACAUGUACCUGUGUGGUUUCACCCUCUUCCUUUCGCUCAUCCUCAACCGCACUUACGUCAUGAUCCUCGAUGUUCUCCGUCUCGAAGAGGAGGUCAAGAGCCUGAAGGGUGACCCCAAGGCCAGCAAGAACUCUGCCCUGAAGAAUGCCGGUAGCCCUGGUGAGGUUGGUGCUCUCAGGAAGGAGCUUGAGGCCAAGGACCGUGACAUGGAGAACCUGAAGAAGCAGGUUGAGAACAUGCAGAAGGAGUACAACCGCAUGGGCGACGAGGUUGCUGGCAAGAAAUAG